AUGAAAAUCGUGGGAGGCAGCGUCGCCGCGUUUGGCAUGGCAAUGGCCCAUAUCAUGUCAGCUAUGGCACAGAAUAUGUCAUACGGAGCGGACAAUUUCUACCGCAGUGACAAUGUGUCAGUUCACAAGAUCACCUUCCCAAGCCAAUAUCAGACGACUAUCGCGGGCAAUCUUUUCACCCCCAACAACCUCAACCCCAGUGCCCCCGCUCCAGCCAUUGUCAUUGGCCACCCAAUGGGUGCAGUGAAGGAGCAGAGCGCGAACCUCUACGCCACAAAAUUGGCCGAACAAGGCUUCGUUACGGUGUCACUUGACCUGCCAUUCUGGGGCGCCAGCCAGGGUAGACCUCUCAAUGCCGUGUCGGCAGAACUGUAUGCAGAGGCAUUCAGUGCAGCAAUAGACUACCUUGGGUCGCAGAAGUUGACGAGCGUGGAUCGUGAGCGAAUCGGUGGUCUCGGUAUCUGUGGCAGCGGCUCCUUCAUAAUCAGCGCAGCGAAGAUCGACCCACGCAUCAAAGCCAUCGCAACAUCAUCAAUGUAUAACAUGGGAGCUGUCAACAGAGACGGACUACAGAAGUCACAAGUCCUCGCUGAGCGCAAGGAGGUCAUCGCUGCGGCGGCGCAGCAACGCUGGAUCGAGGUGGAUGGUGGCAGAACUGAGUACACGGGCGGCACUCCGAAUAUACUCACGGCGAACUCGACUGCAGUGGACCGUGAGUUCUAUGACUACUACCGAACCUCGCGUGGCCAAUUUACGUCUAAGUGCACGACUCCGAAUCUCACGACGCACCCGACGCUCUCGACAAACACAAAGUUCAUGAAUUUCUACCCAUUCAACGAUAUCGAAACCAUCUCGCCACGUCCGAUGCUUUUUAUCUCCGGUGACCAGGCACACUCACGCGAGUUCAGCGAAGAUGCUUAUGCGCGUGCGGGCGAGCCAAAGGAGCUGUUUUGGGUUUUUGGCGCUGGUCACGUUGACCUUUAUGAUCGCACGGAUAUGAUUCCAUUCGCUAAACUCACUCACUUCUUCCAAGCAAACCUCAGCUAG